CGAGAAGUGCCGGAACUACAAUCAGCCUGCCUUUGCUCUUACAACUUAGGCCACGAGCUGUCCGUCCAAUGCGACAUCGUGAACUGGACGAGCCUUCUGACGGCUCUGCACCGAUACGCCACCGCGACACCCUUGGAUUUGCUCUACGUCAACAACUCUACCAUUGUCGAAUUGAAAGAUAAUAUCUUCGAGCCGUUAAAAGUAGAGAAUAUCCAGUUGUCAGGAUGUAAGAUCAAAAAGGUUGCUCCUGGCGCGUUCAAGGGCCAGGAAGAGCAUCUGAAAAACCUCAAUUUGCAAGAUAACGAUUUAACUGAAGUACCUGUACUCUCUUUGAAACCGCUGAAAACAUUGUCGCUCCUGGAUCUGAGCCAUAACAAGAUCAAUAAAAUUGCAGCGGGUUCAUUUGAGACCUUGAGCAAACUAACAACUUUGAAACUGUCGGAUAACAAUGUAACACUAGAGGAUGGAGCUUUAAGGGGAUUGCAAGGCUCAUUGAAGAACCUCAAUCUGAAAGGUACAAGGCAAAAGGAAGUACCAAAAGCAGUUCGCGGUAUGCGGACACUCUCAUUCCUGGACAUGUCUCAAAAUACACUGAGAGAGCUUCCCGGAACUGAAGGUGAAAAUACCUUCGAAGAACUCGACUCGCUAACAGCCCUGAAUCUGGAAAGGAACUUGAUCCAAACGCUGCACGCGGAUGCCUUCAUUGGAGUGAGGAAAACUCUAACAUCAUUGAGCUUGCUCAAUAAUCUUUUACCAGACUUCCCAACUGCCGCGGUCAGCUCUUUGAAAGAACUUAGAGUCCUGGACAUUGGAUUCAACUUGCUAACAGAGCUUCCCUUGGACGCUUUUAAGGGCAAUCCAUCUAUCACGCUCCUGGCGCUAGACGGAAAUCCCCUAGCAACGAUACCAUUUGAGGCUCUAUCACACCUAAACGGCACGCUUAGAGGAUUGAGUCUUGGAGGGAGGUUCCUACAUUGUGACUGCAGACUGGCUUGGGUUAUCAAUUGGAUACGCAACGGAGACCUCCAAGUGACGAGCAGAGAGCGCAAUCCUCAAUUCUGCGGAAGCCCAGCGCGAUUUCGAGACCGAGGCUUCUACAGCAUCCAGAUCGAAGAGCUGGGUUGCAAAAAACAAGAAACCACCACACCUGGCAAGCUGGAAACUCAGGAAACAGCUUUGGAACCCACGCAAAAAGAGCACGUGGGAGUAGCUACAGUCGUAAGCGCCGAUUUGGAUGAUUUGGUUGCUACGAACCCGGACCUCACCAAAUCGAGCACAACCAGCACUACCACCAAGCAACCAACCAGCAAAACAACGAUCACGACGUCGACCUCAGUGACCACAACGACUACAAGAGUAUCUACCGGCACCACCAAGCAGGGUACGACGAGCACCACGACGGUGAAGCCCAAAUUGAAAGGACCAAGCAACCAAUGGAACAACAAAAGCAGACCUUCGAUGGUGCUUGGUGCGGGGUAUCCCUCGAGGAGUAAAAGUGACGAAAGCAAGGAAGUGAUAGUGAAAGAUGCUUUUAGACAAGACAAUUCCGUGAUUAUCAAAUGGGGGAGUGAGACAGCGAAUAUAUUGGGAUUCAGGGUGGUGUAUAGACUGUUUGGCGAUAAGAGCUUCAAGCAAGGACCGCCGCUGGAGGCUAGCGAGAGGGAGUUCAAGAUAAAGAACGUACCACCACAGGAAUGUAUAAUAGUAUGCGUGGUAUCAUUGGAAGAACUGACCGUAACUCCAGAGACAGUUCCCUACACGCAAUGCCGUGAAGUACGCACUGUCUCAGCUGCAGCUUCGAAUAUGGACAAAAUCACCAUUGCAGCCAGUGCCGCUAUCUGUGGAACUAUAGUUGAGGAGGUCAAGAAAACUUCACGAGCUGCACAGACAGAAAGUUGGGCUAAAGAAUGGACUACCGAUUGCUGGUUUGCCAGUAAAUUGCUGUACCAGUAUUCCUCCACAACCUGGCGAGCCCUUGAGCUCUUUGGCUACUUUGAGCGCUUUCAACUCGGCAAAGCGUACAGCACGCACAGCCAAAGACCUCGGAUGUACACCGUGGACCAGCCGGCCUCGCUGGAUGACAUGAGGUAUUUCGGGCAGAUGGGAAAGAAGGCGAGGUCCAUAGCGGACGGGCAGUCUCAAAACAGCUUUAGCAAUCAUUCGGGACGCUACCUUACCGCUAAUGCUUUUCCUAACAAUCUGUUAGCUUCCAGACAAGGCAAUCCCGCCAAUCGCUGGCGAUGCAAUCGGAACGAAUGUCGACAAGAGGAGGAGGCGGGGGACUCCCCGUGCCCCCCACAGAGAGAUGGGGGGAAUGCCCGCCAGGAGCGAGAAGGUCGCGGCCCAGGUCCCGCAGCUAUAGCCAUAUUUGAGAUAGGGCCAAUAAGGACUAAGGACGUACAGCACGGCCGGCAGCACCCACACCCUGAACCAAUGUUGCGACAGCACGGACAACUGGACAGACCACGACAUGGACAUUUACAUGGCCCGAAACCCAACGACAAGAAACGGCCUGGUGCCUCUGUAAGGGACUUCAAUCACUAUAGUGAUCAAGAGACAGUACUUGCUAGCUGACCGUAUGGACAUAUAAAACAAUAUUGAGAGUUGUACGCAAUAAUUUAGUGGCGAUGAAGAGACGAAGUACUAGUUAGCUGACUCGAUGGACAUGUUGCAAUAUUGCACAAGUUUAGUGUCGUUUUACACAGCUAAAACCCACCGAAAGUUACGUCGAAGGUGAUAGUGACUGUGUUUGUGGUAAACAUUAUUUAAAUUGACGAGACAAACGUGGAAGGUGUACAUUCAAUAGAGAAGUGUGUGUGCUGAUGUAUAGUUUUGUAUGUGGUAGAUUGUACUGUGGCAGACAUAGUUACUGCCCGAUUUUUCUUCAAAGAUCUACAGUACAGUAUGUAACGACUACUGAACAAGUUUUUUUUUUUGACGCUGGAGAAUCUUGGCAAUCACAAAUACUAAUCUAUUUUUCAAGAUACUUCAUCACUGGACGUGAACAGCUAAUCACUUGAAUUAAAUUUUGUACUGUUGGCAAUGAUGAAUCUCAUGAAAUUCAAAACUGUAUUCAGAGGUAAAAAAAUGUUUAUUUUGUUUUACUCUCACCUGGCGAAGUUUUUUGGGUCGAACUUAUUUAAAUUAAUGCAUUAUUAGAAAGUAUGGAUCCACAGCGUACAAAGCACAGAACAAAUUACGAUUUUGUCUACAGGGUUGUGUCUUACUAAAUAAUCCAGUUCCAAUUAUCACAGAAAUUCUUUAUCACCAUAUAAAUAAUGCUCUUAAAUACGGAAUCUUCCCAGACCAAUUGAAGACUGGUGUGCAAGAAGCAAGAUCCAACUCUUCUUGAAAAUCACAGACCUAUAGAUCUUUUACUACCUUUUUGCCAAUAUCUUGAAUCAACCAGGAAAAUAUUUAGGUUCUUCUAUUCCAUCUACCUCAAAUCUACAAACCAGUUGGAAAUAUAAGAUUAUACGAAAUUAUCAAUAGUCAGGCUGACCUGUGCAAUUAUAUAACAGAAUAUUUAUUUACCACAAAUUAUGCAAGAUGAUGUACAUUUUGGACUUUAAUUGUCCUAAUAUGUAUUUUUCUGAAUGGUGCUUGAAUACAUACAUUAAUAGAAAGUUCUAUCAGUUCAUAUCGAUAAGAAUACUUGAUCCAAGCUGAACCGCUCAAAAAAGCUUAUUCUCAAAAACAAUUCAACCGUAUAAUUCCCAGUAAAAAACACUGUCGCCAAUAUCUGUAAAUGUGAUCAUCAGUUUAUGGUAAAUAUUUACAAAAAUCUGAAACAUUGAAAAUUUGAAAAGCUAGAUGAUCAGAUCUCGACAGAUGGUAUGCGAAUUAAAAAUCAUUUUAGCGAGAGUUUCAAAAUUCAAUUAACAAAUUGGACCAGAAGGAAGCAUCUUCUUUACCAACCAAUAAUUCCAGAAAUCGGUUACUACCAAGUAACGUUUUUCUUAAUUACUUCGCUAGAAAAACUGGUAACUGACUUAUACCUAAUCGUUAAAUGUUAAUACUUAAGCAGACAUGUGACAUUGUAGCUUUGGAACCACAUAGAACAUUCUGUUGUUGUGUGCUCCAAUAAAUUUGCUAGAUAAAUAAAAACGUGUAAAUAUCUGUUAACAAUGUUGUUAAGUAUUAUAAUAUAACAUUUUAAGUGUUUUUGUUAAACAACUCACGUGACUUUAAGGAAGAUAUUUGAAUUGAGUUGAGUGAACAUGUCUUUGUUUUGGAUAUCUAUUCAUAUCUAUUAUUUUGUAAAUACAUUUUUUUUAUAAAAUAAAGCGUUAAACAUA